AAGUCGACUUGCACAAAGACCACCAACUGAGAUAACCAAUCAACUGACUUAUCAUAGAACAUGAACACAAAGGGAAUUCCAAACCGUUCUUUUAAUAUGAACGAAUGACAAUGUCAAAAUAAUAACGUGGGCAAAUAUUUGACAAUAAAAUACACUCGGCAGGCUUUUGACCCAUCAAAGAAAAUUGAAAAAUACGAUAACCAUGGCUGCCAGAUCAAAAUGUAGUGUAAAAAGUGGGAAAAAAUACAGUCCUCCACCGCAACCGCCUAAACCUAAAAGAACACUAAGCGAGUUAUCGAGCACAAGUGAUGAAAACAGUCUGCAGAUACUUACAGAGUUAGAAGAAAUAAAAUGUGUUCUAGACAAAACUGUUAAAAUCGAGGACUUAAAGGAAAUAGUGAAAGGUGUGAUACAAGAAACGAUGACAGAAUUGAGGAAAGAAUACGAAGAGCGCAUGAAAUCUUUUGAACAAAAGCACAUCGAGGAGAGGAGAAAACUACAAGAUCAAAUCGACGGGAUGAACCUCGAGGUCCACAAUCUGAGGGAACGGCUCUCUGAAAAGGAUAAAGAGGUGAGAGAUCUAAAAAAAUCAAUGAAUGAAUGUAGAACUCUCUCCAUGGAAGCUAGCUCUCGUGCUAACAGAAACGAACAAUACUCUCGGAAAACCAAUGUCAAAAUAUACGGUAUCACAGAAACAUUGAAUGAAAACAUAAAGGAGAAGGUGAAAGAUAUGAUGAAAACGGUCGCAAAGAUAGAAAUCAAAGAUGAUGAAAUUAUGGCUUUACAUAGAAUCCCAGGAAAGCCAGGAGAAACUCGACCAAUAAUAAUGAAAGUGAAAAACACGGAAAUCAAAUCAAAAAUUAUGAAAAAGCGCAAAAUAGUGAGGCAAUCCGGCAAUGCUUUAAAGAUUUCUGAUGACGUUACUGCGGCCAACACAAAACUUAUCCAACGCCUAGGACAAUUUGAAGACAUUCAAAAUGCCUGGUAUUUCAACGGGAGCGUGUAUGGCCAACUUGUGAACAGCGAAUCGAGAAUAAGAUUUGAUAUACACGAUAAUCUUGACGAUAAAAUUAAAAGAUCAGUCAGAAAAUCUUAA